UGAAGGAGCACACUGGAAUUGACCUGGAAAAUAUUGUGUAUUAUAAAGAUGACACCCAUUAUUUUGUCAUGACAGCAAAGAAACAGUCACUUUUAGAGAGAGGAGUGAUUCUUAAUGUAUGGACACAGUCCUCACUUACUUCAGCACUGUUUUAUUAUAUGGUUUAUUCAAUAAGCUAGUAGAAAUUUUAGUGAUUGGUUUAAUAUCUGUCAUUUCCUCUAUAAUAAUCAAUACUUUUUUCAUUGUAAGAGUUUGUAUAAAGUAUCCUUAACAUUUCAAGUAAUAGCAUUCUAAGAGAUUAACAAAAUGUAGAAGUUAGUAGGUAGCAAAAGAAAGAGCAUGGAAAGUUUCAUGUUCACAAAAGUUUUGACUUACAGGAUUAUAGUGAUACAGCAAGACUUUUGGCUCCAGAAAACGUAGACAGAGAAUCACUGAUGGAAUAUGCUCGAGAUGCUGCUGACUUUUCCACGGAUGGUCAACUUCCAGCCCUGGAUUUUGCUGUCAAUCAUUAUGGCCAAGCUGAUGUAGCAAUGUUUGAUUUUACAUCAAUGUAUGCUGCUGAACAUGCAUGUCGUGUACUGGAGAGGAGGGGUCACAAAUUACUACAGGCAUUAGUAGGAGACAGUCUUUUAGAACCUUUCUGGCCAACGGGAUCUGGAUGUGCUAGGGGUUUCCUUGGCUCUUUUGAUGCAGCUUGGAUGAUUCGUAGCUGGGCAUCUGGAAAGAUGACUCCUCUACAGGUGUUAGCAGAAAGAGAAGCUAUCUAUAGAUUACUAGCUCAGACAACUCCAGAGAAUCUCAACAAAGACUUUAACCAGCAUACCAUUAAUCCCACAUCUCGUUAUCCAAAUCUCAAUCUUCAGAGCGUCUUACCUGCCCAGGUGAAAGGCUUAUAUGACACAGAUGCCGAAAUCAUUGACCAACUUCCUGAUGUUGUGGCAGAUAUACCAAGAAAAAGAAGGAGAAGAGAAUCCAUCAUUCAUCCAGAUGCACUACUUUCUUGGUGUAAACGACAGGUGGUGCUGCAUGACAACAUUAAGAUUGAAAAUAUGACAACAUCCUGGAAAAAUGGCUUAGCUCUAUGUGCAAUAAUUCAUCGGUAUCGCCCAGAUUUAAUAGAUCUUGAUUCUUUUAAUCCAGAAGACAUAGCUAAAAACAACCAACUUGCUUUUGAUACUUGUGAGCGAGAAUUUGGCAUUCCUCCAGUAAUGACUGGGCAAGAAAUGGAGGACUAUGAGGUUCCAGACAAGCUUACCAUGGUUUCCUACAUUUCCCAGAUCUAUGAGACAUUUCGUGGUGAAAUUCCACAUAUUGUUCGACCUCACAAGGCAGGAGACAUUUCAGAACAAACACCUCUCCAGCAGACACAAAAUACUACAUCAUUUCUCAGUCGAUUUAGUCAGAAACUUCAAAAUAAAAAACGACAUUCAUUGGAACGUGAUUCAUCUAAAGAGAAAGGUGACAGCCUAAAACGUAACAGGGUACCUUUUGCUGUGGGUAGCAGAAGACGAUCCCGAGAAAAAGGCAUUUCUCUGGAUCUAUCAUCUCCUGAUACAUCACUAUCCAGUAAAAGAAAAGUUGGAAGUCAUGAAAGGGUCCCAUUUAGUUCCCGACUUAAAAUUCUUGAAGAGAAGCUAAAUCAGGACUCUGGGUUACGACAUGGUGUUGGAGGAGAUUUAUCGGGAAACAAGAAGCAGUUAGUGGGCCGUCUUUGUCGAGAUGAGUGGAGUGCUAGGCUUCUAGAAGAGCAAGGAAAAAAACAAAAUGUUGAUAAAAAACAGGCAGUAAAGGUUGGCAGAUUAAUAAAGGAUGAAUGGAAUAUCAAAUUUUGGGAAGAUCAAAUGAAAGAAGAAUCAAAGGAAAAGCUUCAAAAAGCUGCCACUGGAAACAGGCCCAAAGUUAUGCAAGAAAUAUUUGAUGAAAGGCUGAAAGCCAUGGAUGCCAAAUUGAAAGCAGGAGGUGUUUUGGAAGAGGAACAAGUCAAAUAUGGAGAUUUUGACUCUAACCUCAAACGCCUUAAUAAACAAUUAAAAGAAGGAAGUCUGAUUGCAGGCACUGGAGAAAGAAUCAAAGUAGCCACUAUAACAUCACGCAUAUUCAAUACAGGAGAAAAGACUGACUUCAGAGGCGAGGUUCCUUUAACUUCUUUGACACCCACACCAAAUUAUCCAAUUCUUGCUACAGGUGAUCAAGUCUCGACUCCCUCUGGUGGCAGUGAAGUUUGUUAUUUCUGUAAUAAGAGAGUUUACCUCAUGGAAAGACUGAGUGCUCAAGGAUUUUUUUUUCAUCGCAGCUGUUUUAAAUGUGAAUAUUGUAAUGGCAGCUUGAGAUUGAGGAACUAUGCAUUUGACAGCACAGCAGCAUGUGGAGGAAGAUUUUAUUGUUGGUCACAUUAUCGUAUGCCUAAACCAGAUCGUAGAUGGCAGGAAAUGAUGAAACGUAAACAAGCCUUUUUAGCAGAUAGCUCAGCUCCCAACUUGUUGGGAAAGAGUCCACAGAAAGAACAGCAUCCAGUUUCUCCCAUUCAGGAGCGAGAGCCACCACCUCAUAAAGAACCUAAAGUAACUCCAGCUUUUGCAGAGAAUAUAGUUCAUCCUGAUAUAGCUGUACUUGGAAAUAGCCCAUCAGAAACUGUACUAGCAACUCCACACUUGUUACCACAGCCUGCAAGUAGCAUUGAUAUGAGAGAUAAAACACCUGAACGGGCAGAAUAUGAGAACAGCUUGGAGCUUUCUGAAGAAGAACUUCUAACAAGUGAGCUAGAAGAGGAGGAAUUAACACAGAAGAACUUCGGUCCAUCUCAAGAAAUAGCUACUAGUGAUGAUGAAUUCUCAGAUUUAAGUACAGACACUGAGUCUGAAGAAGAGGAAGAGGCAUAUGCUGAAGAGCUUGAGAGGUCACUUACAGCUGAUGAAACUCGAAAACUUGCAAAGACCUGGCAAAGAAGAUAUUCUAGAGAUCUUUUAUCAGACAGCGAGACAACAGAUGAUGAAAGAUCCUCUACAGAGUCUCUUACAGAGACAGGGGGGGAAGAAGACACUAGUGAGGAUGUUGACAGCAAUGAAGAGUACAGUUCUUAUGAAACUUCAGAUGAUGCAAGUGAAAUCUGUUCAGAUGAUGGAAGAGUUUCAAAAGCUCGAGAAGAAUCCAAAGAUGUUGUGGUCAAAGUGCCUGUACCAGAUAUUCCUUCUCAAAUGAAAAAGAAGACAGAAGACCUAUCAUCAUCUGAAGCUGAAGGUAGUGAUAGUUACACAGAAUCCAUCACUUCAGAAGAGACAACCAAUACUGGAACAGAUUCAGACUCGGAACCAGAACCUCCUAAGCAUCAGAUUCCAACAAUUGUCAUUGAUGAGUCACCCCCACAAGAAGCUGAGGAACAGGAAUGGGUUGAGGACACUGCUGUAGCAGCACUGAAGGAAGUGUGUAAAGUGGAAGCUAAAAGAAGUGAUGAAGGAAGUGCAUCGUUUAGCAUUACCAGCUUAAGUACUGUGUCAUCAGCCAUAUCUGUAUCUGAAGACAACACCCUGGUUCAUCAAAAAGAAUCAAUUGAUGUGGAAAAAGCUGACUUCAAGGAUAGGGUUAUAGACCAAGACACAGAAAACAUUCACAUUUCAAGUGUAGAUCCUUCUAUGUCAUAUUUAGUAUCAGGUGAAAGUAGAAUAAAAUAUGAUGUAGAUUUGCAUGAAGACUUCAAAACUGAAGACAAUGCUGUAAAACCAGACAAUUCUGCAUCAUUUGUUAAUAACAAUGGUGUUUAUAAUUCUGUAAAAAUGUAUAUGAAUGAUGAUGAUGAAUAUAAUGCAGAAAAACAAAAUGAUGAAGAUAAUUUAGAACACUCAGACAUAAUGGAUUUAAAUGAAUAUGUAAAAAUACCUGAUGAUACAGUAAAUCAAAAGAAUAUAAUUGAUCAACCUAAGUCAGAAAAUUUUGUCAAGGCAUUAGAUCAUAGUGUUCCGCUACUUAAACUAAAUUAUAGUAAAAAUCUUAAUGAUCAGUUUACUUCACAAGAUCUUGUAGAUGAAGAAACUGUUGAUGAAGUAAAACUUACUAGCCCAUUAUCUAUAAAGGACCAAAAUAAGGAGCUAUUAGAUUUUGAAAAAAGUGAGGAAAUGUUGACAAGGAUGGCAAUUACACAUGAAAACACAUGUGAAUUUGAGAGUUCUAAUAGUGAUAGAAUAGGAAUUCAUCAAGAUUCAUUGUUUUUGAAAAAUUUAAGAGAUACGGUUUGUCCACCAGAGAGUAAUGCUACAAAUUCUUCAACCCCUUUCUCUAGUCAUGCAAUAACUGAUUUAUUGGAAAGUAAUGAAAAUGAUGAUGUAAUGAGCAAAGAUUUAGUGUAUAAUGCAGAAUUAUUUUCAAAACCUGAAGUUGGAAGCUUAGAAAUCAUAGAUAAUACUGUAACUGAUGGGGAAAAUUUACAGAAUGUCUUAGCUGAUACGGAAAGAGAGGUUUCCUCAGUUGAUGCAAUAUUCGGUAACCAGUUUCCAGUUUUAGAUACUGCGAAAGAUGGGAACUCUGUCAUAUAUCAGCAGAAGAUUCCUUUAGUACAAACUGAAACAGAUAAUUCUAAUCUCUCUCUCCAAAUUUUGGAUGCCCAGUCCUCAGAUCUUGAAGGUAGCUAUAUUAGUGAAACAAAAAAUGGUCAGAAUACAAUACAACAAGAAGAGUUAGAAUAUGAAAAUGAACAAUUAAUGUCAUUAAAAAGCUUUGAAAACAUUAAUAGUUAUGAAAUAGAUAACAAGGAAUUGAUAAGUGAAGGCUUUAUUUGUAUUUCUGAUCCGGAAAUUUUACAGAAUAUUUUGGCUGAUACAGAAAAGGGGGCUUCGACAGUUGAUGCAAUAUUUGUUAACCAGCUUUCAGCCUUAGAUACUACAAAAGAUGAGGACUCUGUUACAUGUCAGCAGAAGAUUCCUUUAAUACCAACUGCAACAGAUGAUUAUAAUCUUUCUCUCCAGAUUUUGGGUGCCCAGUCCUCAGAUCUUGAAGGUAGUCAUAUUAGUGAAACAAAAAAUGAUCAGAAUGCUAUACAACAAGAAAAGUUAAGGUAUGAAAAUGAACAGUUAAUGUCACUAAAGAGCUUUGAAGACAUUAAUAGAUAUGAAACAAAUACCACAGGAUUACUAAAUGAGGGCUCUAUUUGUAUUUCAGAACAGGAAGAUAUUUCUAAUAGUGUUAUAAACUCUGUUGAAAUUAAACCACCUUCUCUAAAUGUGUGUUCAACUCAUUCCUCAGAAACCGACAGUGACCAGGAAAAAUACAAGGAAAUUGAUUAUUCCAAAUGUUACAUUCCCUUGAAGAGCUCCUCUGUGUCCUCAGUAAAUUCUGAGUCUACAUCUGAAGAAUGGUUAGAUAGUCAAUCAUUUAUUGAGGUACCAGAGAAUAUUCAUGAAACACCAAUUUCUAAAGAUUCUUUUAGUGCAGCUGUUAAUGUAAAAAAAACUUUGAUGUUAGAAAAAUUAUCUUCAAACAUUCCAGAACCAUCACAUGUUCAUGAUCUCACCAAAAUCAUGCUUAGUCCAGUUAUGGAUACACAGGAAGAGGAAGAUUUUGAGCAACUAAAUGACAUUUCAGAUUUUCAAGAAUGUGACAAUAGUUCUAAUGAUAUUUCAGAUGCUUCCCUUUCCUUCAAAAGAACACAAAUUGAAAACGACAAUGUAUAUAUUAGUCCUUUUGUGACAAUACGUGAUAAAACCAAAAAAAGUAAACCAGCACAAAAUACUUUCACUUGGGAUAGUGAUAAUAGUUUUUCUACACCUUGGUAUGCUACUGAUUUUGAUAUGACCUCAUCAGGCUCUCCAAAUGAAUAUGUCAUUCCUGCUACUUUUUCAAAAUCCAUUAAUGAAAAGCCAGCCAGAGAAGAAAAUGAACCCUUGAGUGACAAACCCACUAUAAAAACAUUAUCUCAAUCUGAAGAUAGCAUUCUUUCAACUCCAUCUGUUUAUUUUGAAGAUUCAGCAGCAGACGUGAAAAAUUCCUUAAGUUUUAAAGAAUCUACUCCUUUGAUAAAGAAUGAAUCUAUUUCAUCUUCAGUGAAACCAUCAUCUUCACCUGUUAACAAUAUAAAGAAGGAUACCAAAAUUAGAGGUUAUAGUGGAAGUUUUGUAGAAAAAGUUCGUCCUCGCAGUGUAUCAGGAGAUUCUCUUUAUUUGAAGUCUUUAGACAUUAGCUUACAAAAACUAAAAUUUCCUUCUCUUUCUAAGGAAAAUGUACAGUUAAAAGGAGAAGAUAAAAAGAAAGUAUCAGUUACUAAAGAAAAGUCACAUGAACCAUCCCCCAUAGCAUCCACAUGUGUUCCCAGCAGACCCGUAGAUGAUGCUGAUCGAGCUCAAAAACUCCGUCUUAAACGUUUACAUCGAAGGAGUCUUCAUGAUGAUAUUCAGGGUGUUCCUUUUGCUGAUGAUGAAAAAUCUAAACUUAAAGAUGAUGUUUUUUUUACUCCAAAUUCUUCAUUUUCAAAAGUAGAUAAAGAAAAACCACCUGAAUUUGAUUUUUUGACUUCAUCAUCAACUCCAACUGAAGAACUAGGAAUUACACGUGUUGAAAAUCAAAAAUUAGGUCGAGAUCUUCGUCUCCAAAGAACUGUUGAGCAACAAAAAGCUAGACAAGAAGCUAGAGAAAGAGCCAAACUAAUGAGUGAUGAAGAACUAGGAUUAAGUCCUUACAAUUGCCGCAAAAAGAUAAAUAGUUCUUCAGAUAAGGGCAAUGUUCUGUAUGAGGAGCUCAGUUCUGAGGAACUAUUAGAUGAUGAUGAUGAGGAACAACUAGAUGAAGAUUAUGUUGAUGAUAAUUCUUCAGGGACCUAUCGAGCAAAGCGAGUUCAGAUUUUAGAUCCUAAUGACAGUCAUUCUACUCCCGUGCCACUGACCAAGCAUUUGAUGACUGAAAACACUUUGAGUCCAACCUCAGCCCAACAAGUAAUGAAUGAAAGCACACAGAGCUCUCAGUUUUCUGAAACUGGUACUUCAGAAGGUCCACUUUCUACUCUAAGUCCUUCUUCUAAUGAAUCUAUGAAGACAUCUGGUACAACAUCAUCAAGCAAAACACCUUCAGCAAUAGAAAGCUCUUCCAAAACAGACAAUAGUGCUAGCUAUUUAGAAUCAUCUGUUUGCACUAGUGACAUUGACAUUAGUAUUGUACUCUCUAAACCAGCAGAACAGGCAGAAAAACCUGAUAUCCAACAGAGUAGAGAUCCAAAUGAGGUUGAAAAACUUUCUAUGAAACCAAUCACAAAGAAUGAUUCUAUCUUGGAAAGUGAGAAACCCAAAUCAAAUGGGAGAAAAAAUAUUCUGUCUCUGUUGACCUUUGCUAAACACUCUCCUAGUAAGGAAAGAACUAAAGAAAGAACAAAAGAAGACAGUAAGGAACGUUCAGCUUCUUUACCUUCUACUUUUCAAUCCAAAACUACACAGAAAGAAAAGAAGUUUCCACGUUUGAAGCUUUCAAGAACCAAAGAGAAAUCACGAGAUAAGCACAAAAAUAAGUACUUAAUCUCCAGAAAUGCUGAAACGGUAGAACAUUAUUCUUCGGCAUCUCCUGAAGUUGCUUCUCGUUUACCAGUCAUGAAAACCCAAACAAAAGAAAGGAGUGUUGAACUUGCCAAAGCCAAGGAAUCUCUUAAACAACUAGAAGAAAUAGCAAGACUGAAAUCAGGAUCAUUUGCGGGUCCCAAAACAAGUGGUACACCAUCACAAACUGGAGUUGCUCCUAAGGCAUCAGAAGAUAGUUUUUCUGACACAGAAGAAGAAACACAGAAUAGCAAGGCUCAUGAGCCUAAAGAAGAGCAGUGGAAAAAGGAAAAGCAGGGAACCAUUGAUAAAGAACGUAAAGCUCGAGUCAUUGAACGAGUUCAGCGACAACAAGAGUUAAAGCGAUUACGAACAGCUCAAGAAAUACAACGUCAACUAGCUGAACUAGAAGUGAAACAGAGGGACCUGGAGCAACAAGGUGUCAGUGUUGAAAAAUCUCUUCGAGGAGAAGCCACAGCACAAAGUAAGCAGAAGUCAGAAACUGAACUGAUGACAGAAUGGUUUUCUCUGGUUCACCAAAAAAACAAGUUAGCGAGAGAGGAACAAGAAUUAUUGAUCAGAGCUAAAGACUUGGAAUUAGAAGACAGACACAUUCGUCUUCAGCAAGAGAUUAGAGAAAGAAUGGCCAGGAAUGACUCUGAGAAAAAUCGCACUGAAAUAGAAGAAGAAGGGAAGAUGCUAACUGAAAUGCUAGAAAUUGUCAAGGAAAGAGAUGAACUGGUAGCCAUGUUAGACCAACUUAAAGUCAGGGAAGAAGAAGAAGACAGAGACUUGGAAUCAAAAAUGUUAGCAAAAGGUCUUCAGCUGUCACCAGUGAGCAAGUCUUGAGGGGUUUUAUACCAUCUUACUGUUACUUCCAUGUAAAACAAGCACUAGAGAUCUCUUUUGUGGAAGUUUUGCAGAAUUAUCUACUCAUAAUUGUUGUUGUAGACAUCUUACUCUGGAAUCUAAGUCAAAGAGAAACUGAUCAAGAGAAUUGUGGAAAGCAGUCUUCUUUUUACUAAAACACAAUCAAAUUUCUAAUAGAUGUAGCAGCUUGAGAGGUUUCAGUAGCUAUAACUGCUUAGAUAAGAGAAUACCUUUUGACAGGACAGAUAUAAUAAUAGGUUUUGUUUUGGGCUUGCUGAAAAAACUAAAGAGGUUAUGGAUUGUUUCAUGAAUUUGUAGUGUCUGUACUAUAAUAAACGUUAAAAAAAAGGAAUGAAAGAAUGGGCAUCUUGAAAAGUUUGGUAUGUUUUUAUUUCUCUGAUGAGGGAAUUAUUCUAUGCCAUUAACUGCUGUUGUAUAAAUAUACCUGUUCUUGUUUUUUUGUUGUGUUAAGUCUAAUUAUUUUUACUCUGUUUUUUAAUGAACAAAGAAUUUCAAGAAAAUGAUUGUGAUCAUUUUUCAGAGCAACAUCUACAUAUAGUUAACAUUAAAGUGUGUGUUUUUCUGUUAUUUUUCAUUAAAGUUGAAGUAUGGUAUAAAUAGCUUGAAGAUUAAAAGUAACAAUUGCACAGCCUUUUUUGAUAGACAUUUUAGCUUGCCAAUGGUUUCUAAUAUGAUUUUCAAAAUGAUAUUAAUUUUGACUCGUAUAUAUAUUUGUAUAUACUGGGAUGAACAUUGUAAUGCCAUUUAUGAGGAAAAAGGACUUGCAACAUUUUCGUCAGUUAUUUUACUUAAACAGGUACUGAUGUAAAGAGUGCUCUUGUCUAAUUUUCAAGUUAUAUUAAAAAACAUAUUAUUAAUGAUACAUGUAGCUUACUAUGUGUAAUAAAAAAAACAUUUUUUUUUCGUAAUUCGUGAAGAAAAAUAUCUUAUGUUAAUUCAUGUUGUUUGAGCAACAGGUAAUUAAUAUUACCUUCUUUAAAAUGAUCAUAAUUAUUGUAAGAAAAUGAAAUCUACUACCUUGUAAUAUAUAUAUAUAUAUAUAUAUGUGCAGAAGAAGUGCUUUAAAUAGUAUGACUUAUGAAGAGAUACACUUCAUGUUUUCCUAAUUUAGAUUGCAGAUUAAUUGCACAAACAUCUAUAGGGAAUAAACCUAUUAACUAUAAGCAGGUUAUAAUAGGAAUCUUAAAGUUUUAAGAUGAAUAACAAGUUUUUUAUCAUUGUGUUUUAUUACAUUAAUGUUCACUUUGAAAUAUGAUGCUAUGUAUACCAUUUAAUGUUUUGUUCAAUAGAUUAUAGACAAGAAAACUGAGAAUGUUUAUUUGGUAUGCUGGCUAAUAUUCUUGCAACAUUUUAGGCAUGCUUACAAGUUAACCAACCACUUUAAAUGUCAUAGAUAGUCUUUCGCAUUUCUUUCAAAAAAAUGUCUGUAUCAUAACAAUUUGUAUGUGUGUUUUUGUUUUUUAGUAUGCAUAUACCUUCACCCCAUUCUCUUUUGAAAUACAUAUGUUAGUUUAUUUGGCACAGUAAAACUGAAGUGUCAAGUUUGAUUCAAUUUUGAGGAACCAAAUCCGGAUGAAUGUUCAUUACAUUCAAGUUGUAGAAAAUCAGUGUCAGUGUUUUUUGUUAAUAUGAUUUAGCUAUUUCAUCAAACUUAAUUAAGAACUGUACAAAGCAUUUACUAGUACUGGCUAAUUUCAGAAUAGUAUAUAUCUUUCAUUUAAUGGUUUUAGUAUAAUAAUAUGUUUGUAUAUUGUAUUAACGAAAACAGAUAGGUAGAAGGAAAAAGAACAGUAUACUUUGAUAAUUUAAGGUGGUUGGUAAUGGUGCAGCUCAGGAGAAUUAAAUCUCAUGUUUUGUAUAAAUGAUACAUUUUUACCAGGUUCUGCUGUAUGUAAAGGUUGUUUUCAUACUCCGUUUUAGAAACUCCUUUGUAAACAGGAUGCACCAGAAAGAUUAUUAUAUGGCUAUAUUUUGAAACAGCUUACAUUGGCAGUACUCUAUGAAUACAUUAUGCAAUUGGUAUUAUGGUUUUUUUAGUUAAAAACGAAUACCUACCCAAUAAUUUAGUGCUUUUGAUAUGAGGAUCAGAAUUUUUUUUAUUUACAACAAAUAGACUGAUCUCAUGCAACAUCUUUAUAGAGAAAUUAAAUUCUUUAGAAAAAAUAUUGUCUCCAUUUUGUGAUUGAGCUUAUACUUAAUGCAAGUUAUAUAUCAAUUAUAAUUGAUAACAUAUUCACUAUGCUGUGAUCUUUUUUUUUUUAUUACUGAAAACAGUUUCAACCAUUUUGUAAUGAUUUAUGCCAGAACAUCAGAUGAAGAUUCACUAGUGCCUACAGUUUUUAUUUUCAAGAGUGUGUGUGUGUGUGUACUGUCUUCACAUUGUACACGAGGAGGCUAUAAAACUUAAGUUUGUUUUAUAUUCUUUUCAGUAGCAAAUUUUUAUCAUAAAGCAUUACUAUUUUAUCAGGAAUAUAAAUAAAAUUGUGUUACAGGCCAACUGAUAAAUAAAUUUGAUAAGAAACCUUGAGAUAUGCCAAGUUAAAAAAAAGUAGUUGUUUUAUCAGCAUGCAUAUUAAAUGAGCUAUUCUUAACUUAGAGUUUAUUACUUAUGGUAAAAGUAAUGAAGGUUAGUGACAAGAUAUUAUUAAUUCCUGAUUAAUUGUUAAUUCAGAAUUCUUAAAGGAAUAUAAAUAAGAUUACUUAUAAAUUACUUAUAAAUGUAAGCUUAAGUAACCUUUAUAACUACGUGUGUAAGUCUUAAAAAAGACAGCUUUUCCCAAAAUAAUAUGGAUCAGAUGAAAUGAUAAAGCAAAUGUAUUUUCUUUUCAUAUUGGUUUGAGCUUUAUGCAUGGGGGAAACUAUAUUUUUUAUUAUCAUAUUUACCAAAUACUUUCAUAAAAAUUGAGAUAAAGUUAUGAUAUUGUUAUUUACUAUAAUAUGCUUAAAAUGACUGCAAAGUAAUGUAAGAAAUAAAGAAGUUUAAUGUUUGUGAAUGUGAAGAAUUGUAUCAAGUUUUUGCUUUCUUUUAUAUUUUUUUUUAUUGAACAUGAAUUUAGUUUAUAGAAUGUGACCUGAUUUGUUGAGUAUUUUAGAACCAUGAUUUUCAGCUAAUAUGUGGUCAUUCAUUUUAGGCAACGCUUUUUUUAUCUUUAACUGUACAUUAAAAUUGUAAAGGAUUCAGCUGAAUGAUUUGGAAACUAAAAUAAAGUUGAUUGUUAUUUCAUAUAA